UGCAUCUGUGUUUACAAAUGUUUCAGAAGCUGAAAAAUGACAUAAAGUCGAAAAUAUUCACUAUUUUAUUGACUUUAGAACGACUACAUAACAAAGUCUGUGAUGCAGUUCCAGGACCAUCGACAGGAGACGUGGUCCAGUUCUGCUCUCGUGGACCUGAUGAUGUUGACGAUGGCGUCUAUGUAACGACAUCAGCAGCUCUUUAAUUAAACCUCAGUGAAAAUAUUAAAGAUUACAUUUGAACAUUUAUGUGAUUAUCCGUCAUUGUUUUUCUGAAUUUAACUGUUGGUGACGAAGAAUCUGCAGUGUCUUGUUGUAAAUGAGCUAUUUCAAAACAGGUGUAAUGACAUGAAGUGAACAGAGGGUGGCAGCACAGCAGUGAACAUGUUGAACUGUGAGAGGAAAUGACGUCAGAGUCCAGAGUGCAGCUGAGUGUGGAUCGUCAUGGACCAAGAAAACAGAAAGAUUCUCUGUGUUGGACUCGUUUGUCUGGACAUCAUCAGUGUGGUGGACAAAUAUCCUGAAGAAGACACUGACAGCAGGUGUGUGUCACAGCGUUGGCAGCGAGGAGGAAAUGCAUCAAACUCCUGUACAGUUCUGUCUCUGCUUGGAGCUCAGAGCGCCUUCAUGGGCUCACUGUGUGCUGGACCUGUGGCCGAUUUUAUUUUGGAGGAUUUUCACAAAGUGUCCAUUGAUGUGUCUCUGGUUUGUGAGCAUGCUCAGUGCGUCGCUCCAGCGUCCGUGGUCAUCAGUAACGUGAGGACAGGAAGUCGUACCAUCCUCCACAUGAACAGUUUCAUUAUGACAGAUUUCUCAUUCCGUUCGAUCGAUGUAUCUGCGGUCAGCUGGCAGGUCAAAGGCCAAACCCCGUGUGCGUGUUGUGUGGUUUGUCCGUCCCGUGGAUCUCGUACUGUCCUUCUGUCAGACAUGAAUCUUCCCGAUGUCACAGCAGAUGACUUUUCCAAAGUUGACCUCAGUCAGUUCAAGUGGAUCCACUGGGAGGGUCGAAACGCUGCAGAGCAGAUUAAGAUGAUUCAGCAUGUGGUGAAGUUUAACGACGCGUUACCACGGCAACAGAGAAUAAGCAUUUCUGUGGAGAUAGAGAAGACGAGAGAAGCGCUGUACGAGCUGUUUCCUCAUGGUGACGUGGUGUUUGUUAGUAAAGAUGUUGCUCGUCACUUUGGUUUCCAGUCGGCUGAAGCUGCUGUGAGAGGAUUGUACCACCGAGUCAAAGAGGGGUCUGUCCUCAUCUGUCCUUGGGCAGAACAUGGAGCAGAUGCUUUGGGUCCCGAUGGCAUCGUUCUUCAUUCUGAUGCUUUUCCUCCUGAAGCGCUGGUUGAUACCCUCGGUGCUGGAGACACCUUCAACGCUGCGGUCAUCUUCACGCUGUCAAAAGGUGGACGUCUACAGGACGCUCUGACCUUCGGCUGCAGAGUGGCCGGCAGGAAGUGUGGUUUCCACGGUUUUGACAACAUCAGUCAAUAUUUCACACAUGAGUGAGACAUCGUGAGACAUCAGAGGUGUUGGCAAACAUGAAGUAAUCGAUAAUAAUAAAUGAUUUACUGAUAUUACAAUCCUAACAAUAACAAACCCAGAAAAAAAGCUGCUAACUGAUGUGAAACUGAAUUCUAACGAGUAUGUGAAAGAAAAAACAAUAAAGAGUUUAUUGAUUAAA